CCUUUCCGGCCAGAGGCACAGGAAGGAGCUUCUCUGAGGGGAUUUUUUUUUCGUGUCAGGAGCGAUCGGGAGUUGCUCUGAGGGGAUGGCCAGGUAGGACAGGGCCCAGAGAAACAGGCCUUGUCUUUGGAGACGCCAAGCGUCCUUUCAGGGCUGACAGGUAGUGCUGGUGACUGGGAAGGGAUGUUGCCGAUGAAGGGCUGGCCCAGGAGGCAGGGGAGUUUUCUGGGUGUCUAAUCAUGUUCCAGAAGCAUUCUCUCCUGACGUUUUACCCACAUCCGUGGCAGGCAUCCUCAGAGGUUGUGAUAUCUGUUGGAUACUAUGCAAGUGAGGUUUAUAUACCUGUGGAAUAAUGUCCAGGGUGGCAAAAAGAAUACUUGUCUCUUUUUUAAACUAAAUUUUUAUUAGUGCUUUUGCAAAUAAAAUACAAAAUAAAAACCAACCCUGUAAUACAUUGCAAAUCAAUAUUGGGGAAGGGAGAGAGAGGCGGUGGGGAUGAGGAAAGAGAGAGUUAGAAGAAAAGAGAGAAGAAGAAAAAACAAACAAACAACAAUUCACCCAAUAGGUGCCCUCCUUCCUGUGGUGUGAAGAUAUUAAUAAGAAAGAAAAAGAGAAAAAAACACAAAAAAACAAGGCCCUUUCAGUAUACUCAAUCAUGCCUUUGGAUACACUCUUCAUCCACUUUGGAGGCACCUGAGGCACCUUCUACACUGUCUCUAUAUUCCAGGAUCUGAUCCCAGAUUAUCUUCUUAUCUCAAAUUGUAUGGCAGUGGAGACUCAUAUAAUCCACUUCAAAGCAGAUAACCUGGUUCAGACCUGGGAUAUAGGGACUGUGUAGAAGGGGCCUGUGAAGCUCUGAAUGAAGAUGGAAGAGCAAGAGUCAGCUGCCAGCCAGUUAGAAAUAUUUUCUUCUGCUGUUGAGGCAGAGAGUGGUGGAGCAUUCUGGGAGGACCCUUUGAAGAAAGACUGGGAGAGCAAUCUGCUCCAUUCAGACCUUCACUGCCAACAUUUCUGGCGUAUCCACUAUGAGGAGGCCGAUGGGCCACGUGAACUUUGCAGCCGGCUCUACUCUCUCUGCCGCCUGUGGCUGAAGCCAGAGCGACACUCCAAGGUGGAGAUGCUGGACCUGGUGCUCCUGGAGCAGUUCCUGGCCGUCCUUCCUGCGGACAUGGAGCGCUGGGUGAGGGAAUGUGGGGCAGAGACCAGUUCCCAGGCCGUGGCUUUGGCUGAAGGAUUCCUCCUGAGUCGGGAACAGGAGAGGAAGCAGGACAAGCUGCAGGAGCUGGACUCUUUUUCAGAUGACACCAAUGAGGUGGAGAAGUCUAUUUUGGACACCAUUUGCACAGUCCAGGUUGGACACAGGGAAUUCAACACAGCUGGCAAUGGAACAUGGCCAAGUGAGAGUAGCACAUCUUUUCAUAAUUCCUUAUUAAGAAGAGAUUCUGUGGGAUUAGAUCAGGUGCAGGACUCUUUUGCAGAUAAGACCUAUGAGGUGGAGGAGUCUCUUUCAGACACCAUUUGUGUUGUCCAGAUUGGAGAUGGAGAAUUUAUCACAGUUGGCUAUGAAACAUGGCCAAGUGAUAGUAGCACCACUUUUCAUGAUUCCUUAUUGAGAAGAGAUUCUGCAGGACCAGAUCAGGUGACCUUUCAAGAUGUGUCUGUGGAUUUCACGGAGGAGGAGCAGGCCCUGUUGGAUCCUGGCCAAAGAGCCUUGCACCAGCAAGUCAUGGAGGAGGAUUUAGAGAUUGUGUCCUCUCUGGCAUCAUUUAAAUGUUUGAAAUAUGAAAAGACUUUCAGUCGGAAGAAAAAGCUCACCUGUCAUCAGGCAACUCACACAGGAGAGAAACCAUUUAUAUGCUUGCAGUGUGGAAAGAGCUUCAAUCGGAAGUCAAACCUUAUUCAUCAUCAGUCAACGCACACAGGGGAGAAACCAUUUAUAUGCUCAGAGUGUGGAAAGAGUUUUAGUGAGAAGAGGAUUCUUAAAAAUCAUCAAAGCUGUCACAUUGAAGAGAAACCAUUUAAAUGCUCAGAGUGUGGGAAAAGCUUCUGUCAGAAGGCAAGCCUUGCUUGUCAUCUAGCAAUUCACACAGGAGAGAGACCAUUCAUAUGCUCAGAGUGUGGAAAAAACUUCAGUCAGAAGGCAAACCUUGUUCGUCACCGGGCAACUCACACAGGAGAGAAACCAUUUAUAUUCUCAGAAUGUGGAAAGAGCUUCUCUCAGAGGGCACACCUUGUUUUUCAUCAGAGAAACCACACAGGAGAAAAAUCAUUUACGUGCUUAGAGUGUGGAAAGAGCUUCUAUCGAAAGGCACACCUUGCUGUUCAUCAGGCCACUCACACUGGAGAGAAACCAUUUGUAUGUUCAGACUGUGGAAAGAGCUUCAGUCGGAAGGCACAACUUGUUCGUCAUCAGUCAACUCACACAGGAGAUAAACCAUUUAUAUGUUCAGAUUGUGGAAAGAGCUUCAGUCAGAAGUCACACCUUGUUUUCCAUGAGAGAAACCACACAGGAGAAAAACCAUUUACAUGUUUGGAGUGUGGAAAGAGUUUUUGUCAAAAGGCGUAUCUUGCUGUUCAUCUAGCAACUCACUCUGGAGAGAAACCAUUCCAAUGCUUGGAGUGUGGAAAGAGCUUCUGUCGAAAAGCACACCUUGCAGUUCAUCGGACAACUCACACAGGAAAGCAGAGAAUAAAGAUGGAAAGGCAAGGAUCAUCUGGCUUCCAGUUAGAAACGUUUCCUCCUGCUGUUAAGACACAGAACGGUGGAGCACUCUGGGAGGACCCUUGGAAGAAAGACCUGGAAAGCAACCUGCUCCAUCCAGAUAUUCAGCGACAUUCUUUCCGGCAGUUCUGCUAUGAGGAGGCUCAGGGGCCCCGGGAGGUUUGCAGCCGCCUCCACUCUCUCUGCCGCCUGUGGCUGAAGCCUGAGGAACAUACAAAGGCAGAGAUGCUGGACCUGGUGCUCCUGGAGCAGUUCCUGGCCGUCCUUCCUGCGGAGAUGGAGCGCUGGGUGAGGGAAUGUGGGGCAGAGACCAGUUCCCAGGCCGUGGCUUUGGCUGAAGGAUUCCUCCUGAGUCAGGAAGAGGAGAGGAGGCAGGUGCAGAGCACUUUUGCAGAUGAAACCAAUGAGGCCCAGAAGUGUCUUUCAGACACCAUUUCCACUGUCCAAGUUGGAGAAUUCAUCACAGUUGGCAAUGGAACACGGCCAAGUGGUAAUAGCGCAUCUUUUCAUGAUUCUUUACAAAGAAGAGAUUCUGCAAGACCAGAUCAGGUGACUUUUGAAGAUGUGUCUGUGAAUUUCACAGAUGAGGAGUGGGCCCUCUUGGAUCCUGGCCAAAGAGCCUUGCACCAACAAGUCAUGGAGGAGAAUUUAGGGAUUGUGUCCUCUCUGGUAGAGGCAAAACCAUUUAAAUGUUUGGAAUAUGAAAAAAAUUUCAAUUGGAAAAAAAAGCUCACAUGUCAUCAAGCAACUUACGCUGAAGAGAAACCCUUUAAAUGUUUGGAAUGUGGAAAGAGCUUCAGUCAUAAGAAGUACCUUGUUCGUCAUCAGGCAACACACACAGGAGAGAAACCGUUUAUAUGCUCAGCGUGUGGAAAGAGCUUCAGUCAGAAGUCAAACCUUGUUUGUCACCAGGCAACACACACAGGAGAGAAACCAUUUAUAUGUUCAGUCUGUGGAAAGAGUUUCAGUCGGAAGUCACACCUUGUUCUUCAUCAGGCAACACACACAGGACAGAAACCAUUUCUGUGUUCAGAGUGUGGAAAGAGCUUCAGUCAGAAGGCACAACUUGUUCGUCAUCAGUCAACCCACACGGGAGAAAAACCAUUUAUAUGCCUUGAGUGUGGAAAAAGCUUCAGCCAAAAGUCAAACCUUGCUGUUCAUCAGGCAACACACACAGGAGAGAAACCAUUCAAAUGUUCAGAGUGUGAAAAGAGCUUCUGUCGAAAGACACACCUUGUCCGUCAUCAGUCAAUUCACAUCGGAGAGAAGCCAUUUACAUGCUUGGAGUGUGGAAAAAACUUCAGUCGGAAGGCAUGCCUCAUUCUUCAUCAGGCAACUCACACAGGAGAGAAAGCAUUCAUAUGCUUGGAAUGUGGAAAAAGCUUCUCUCAGAAGUCGCACCUUGUUUUUCAUCAGAGAAAUCACACAGGAGAAAAACCAUUCAAAUGUUCAGUAUGUGGAAAGAGUUUCUGUCGGAAGUCGCACCUUGUUCGUCAUCAGUCAACUCACACAGGAGAGAGGCCAUUCAAAUGCUCAGAAUGUGAUAAGAGCUUCAGUCAGAAGUCGCACCUUGUUCUUCAUCAAUCGGUUCACACAGGAAAUAGACCAUUUAAAUGCUCGGAGUGCGGAAGGACCUUCAAUCAGAGGUCACAUCUUGUUUUUCAUCAGGGAAGACACACGGGAGAGAAUCCAAAGUCUAGAAAGAGCUUCACUCAUAAGGCACACCCUGAUCAUCCCCAUCAGGCAACUCACACCAUUUAUGUGCUGGGAUUGUGGAAAGAGCUUCAGUUAUAAGAGAAACCUUGCCAGUCAUCAAAGCUGUCACACAGGGAAGAAGCCAUUAAAAAUGUUUGUAAGAACUUCUAUUGGGAAAAAAGCCUCAAUUCCUAUCAGGCAACUCACACAUGUAGAAAAGCAUUUAAAUGCUUGAUGUAUUGGAAAUGUCUGUCUUAAAAGCAUUUUCACUUGUCAUCAGGGAACUCACACAUGAGCGAAACUGUUUAAUUCUUUGCAAUGUGCGGAAAGCUUCAAUCUCAAGAAAUAUGUCAAUCUUUAUCAUGCAAUUCUCACACUGAAACAAUUGGUGUGGAAAGAGCUUCUUUCAAAAGAUUCAUGUCACCUCGCACCAAGCAACUCAAGCAGGGGAACAAUUACUUAAAUCUUCAGAGUACAAGUAAAGCUGGAGUAAGGCAAGAGAGAACUUAAAGAAGGCACCGAGUUGAAAAUACUGGCUUUUUGGGGACUCAGUAACCUGAUCUCCCCCUUUGAAAAUAUUCAGCAAUUUUCUUUUAUGACAUAGCUCAUGAUAAUGUGUUGAGAGCUAAAGAAUAUUUACAUGUUUUCUAUCUGUUAAUGCAUGCUGGUUACUGCAAAUAUUUCUUCUCAUGUAUACUCAGUGUUAAAAUACAUGCUGUUUUUCAAAAUAUAUAAAGGAGACUUGAUCUGUUUUAGCCUGGAAGACAUACAA